GUUAGGCUUCUCAUACAUCCAAUUGUGGUGGGAGAGCUUUCGCAGUGUAUGGUUGAAAAUUCUUUGAAAAAAAAACAAUAAGUACAACUGCGAGGGGAACUCUGAAAGACUUGGCAUGGCGCUGCUUUGGGGAGCAGCUGCAGCAGCGGUAGGAGGGCUGAUCGUUGCCAAUAUGGACUUCUGGUUGCCCAAGGGUGGGGCAGCAACUACCGAGGCUUACCUUGCAGGAGCCACCUUGCAGCUCCUGGGGGAGACGAAGCUCCAGUCCAAGAUCAGCAUGAUGGAUGAGGCUCUUAGAACAUUCAAGGCAAAGGAUCUCUGGAAGGAGACGGGGGCAGUGGUUCUGGCUGUUCGAAGGCCUGGAUGAUCUUUGUGCAGAGAGGAAGCUCAAGAGCUGUCCUCUCUGAAGCCAGAGCUGGAUGCCCGAGGUGUCCCACUCUACGCCGUCCUCCUGGAACCAGGCGGCUUCAAAGAUUUCUUGCCCUUCUUUUCUGGAGAAGUCUUCCUUGAUAAAGAGCUGAGAUUCUAUGGAGAGGAAAAACGAAACAUGAGUAUUUUCGGUCUCCUUCGUAUCUCAAAUAUACUCAAAGCCAGGGAGAACAAAAAGCAAGGUAUUCCAAUGGAUUAUAAGGGUCACGGCCUCACACUUGGGGGUGUCUUCGUGAUAGGGCCCAGUGAUCAGGGCGUUCUUUUGGAGUAUCGAAAUAAGGAUUUUAGCGAUCAUGUCUCGAAUGACGAGGUGCUUGAGGCAGUUAAGAAAAUUGCUCCUUCUGCCGACAACGUGUCACCAAAGUUGUAAUUCUUCCAAAAUUAUAAUUCUUUGAUAUCUUAUUAAGCAUAUGACAGGAGAUA